AUGCUAGGAGCUCUUCGCACUGCUGCUGUUUCUCGUGUCGCCGUCCGGACAUUCGCGACCAGUCGCCCUCACGCCUCUGAUGUCUCGAAAUUGAUACUCAUUGGGCAUUUGGGAAGGGACCCGGAGGUGCGCCUCACGAAGACGGACAAGGAGUUUGUCGUAUACACCGUUGCAACACAAAACUAUCCUCCCCCGCCCCCAGGCCCGGAUGGAGAGCGCAUGCCAUCGAAGAGCACCUGGCACAGGAUCAUGUCAUUCUCCGAUAAUGCCAACAAGUUCCUGCGCAAUAUGAAGAAAGGCUCAAAGGUCUACGUCGAAGCGAACUUCGAGCUUCGUGAACCCGAGCCAGAUGCAGACCCUUCUACACCGCAGGGCCAGCGCCAAAUCUUCUUGCGACACGAGAACCUGAGGGUGCUUAACCAGCCCAAGUCGGACCCAUCAGAACCCCAGGAGACAAUCUUGUAG